UUUGACAUUCCCAACUAUGGAUGUCUUGCAGCCAGAUGCUGUAUUGUUACAGAAAAUCGUGUACAGGAAUAAAAACCAACACCGUCUCACGAUUUGGUGGAGGCACGUUAUGAUGCUUCAUCGUAGGUUAAAACAAUGGCUCUCUGGAAACGAGACUGCGAAAUCUUUGUUAUUGCAACAAUGCCCAAAAUCUUACGCUCUUUUUACCAACGUAAUUGCCCAUGGCCAGUACCCAGGGCUUGGUUGUCUCCUUCUUGGUAUUUUAUCUCGUGUUUGGUAUAUUUUGGGAGGAAUGGAAUAUGAAGCUAGUUUAUCUUUCCCGUCUCCAAUCCUUUCACCGAAUCUUUCCCUGCAAGAGCAAGCUAUUAAAGACACAGAAAAAGCUGCAUCAGACCUCGGGGUUGUUAUAUCUCGUGAACAACUAUCUUCCUCUACUCCUCAAUCAUCCUUUACUCAAAGAACAGACCUUACUAGCUCUCCAUCUCCAGACAUGAAAUCCAUACGAACCCCUCAAUUACCUUCUGCCGAAGCACAAUCCAUAGGAGGAGGUGUUCAAGCAACCGAUAUUCCCCCGUUACGAUCUUUAGAAUCUCCUUCUGCAGCACCCAAGAAAAAGAAGAAAAAAUCAAAAAAGAAAAAGGAUGAAAUUGACGAUAUAUUUGGUUUGUAAAUAUGUUUUCUUAUGAUUUGUCUCGUUUACUCUUUAACUUUACCUUACAACCAUUAUCGUAAUUACAUACAUACUAC